AUGUUACUAGAUCAACUCAUAAAACAAUCAUUUGACAAGAACGUUGUUCGCUGUUUAAGGUUCCUUUUUGGAUCCACGACAUUUACAGCAAAAGAAGCUUAUACCAUUCACAUACCAAUUGAUUCUAUAUCCCGGCUUCACUCCCACAACCAACACCGUAUUCUUCACGGACGACUUAAUCAAACCUUAAUCUCACUCUUGACCAGCGAAGAUCUCUACAAUAUUUUUUCUCAUAAUCUUUGUCCAACCAAUCUGUAUCUCGAACUAGAAAUCUUGACUGAGCCAGGCGUUUUAAAUGAACCAAGUACAAAGGCUCUCUUACUGCCAAAAGAUGUAGGUCCGUUGCCUCCCAGUUGUAAGGACAUUCACUUCUAUUUGCAGCAUACGCCGUACCCAUUGAUUGAUGGUGGUCUGCCUUUGAACUGUUGUAAAGAAUUGGAGGUAUUCGAAAAUAUAAAGCACCUUGAUAUAAGUGAUGCUCAGUCGGAAAAUUACGAUUUUUCCGCUUCGAAAGAAAAACAGUCGGCGCCCACUUGGUGGGAAGCAGAUAUUUUAGUGCGUGGUUUCAAAGAGAAGUCAGUAAAAGGAUUGAACGUGUGGGCGAAGUGAUAUCCAAUCGUAUCGCAUAACCAAUAAAAGUGUACAGUCGAAAGCUUCAUUUAUUAUACACAA